UGAGUGAGUCCUGGCUCCUGACUCCCGACCUUACCCGUUCAGCAACAUCACACACACCAAAACUGUUGAUCAGUGCUCAGCUCAGUUUCGGUGCACUCUUCACGACACCAUGUCCUAGCUCGAGAGACCGGCGCCAUGUUCUCCACUUGUCCGAGCUCCUAUCCGUCUGGUCAUCACCGUCUUUUCCCCAUCAUGGAUUCAAUUACUGCGAAAAGAGCGGGUAAACACUUCUAUAAACCCUUGUCCCGAGCAGAGCACACAGCCACACCCUCUCGCUAGCUAGUGCGAGCCAUGGCAUCGACGUCUCUGAACGCCAUAGCGCAGCUCCUCCUCGUGCUUUCCCUGCUACUCCUCCUUACCAAUGCGCACCCCUUGACACCAUCGCCGGCGCAUCAGCCGGCGCUCGCGCCUCCAGCAUCGCCUGGGUCGAAGAGCAUUUCGCCCGGGUUGGUCUCCACGCUGCGCGAGACGCUGGACGCGAUCAAGAACGUGGCGUCCAUCAUCUCGUCCUUCCCCAUCGGCGGCAUCCUCGGUGGCGGCGACCUCCGCCUCUCCUCCGCCGUCGCCGACUGCCUCGACCUCCUCGACCUGUCCUCCGACGAGCUGUCGUGGUCCAUGUCCACCACAUCGCCGGCCUCGCACCCGACCAGCGCCGGGGCAGGCGGCGCCCCCGCCGGCGGCCGCCUCGGCACUGGCGACGCCCGCUCCGACCUCCGGUCGUGGUUGAGCGGCGCGCUCGGGAACCAGGACACCUGCAAGGAGGGCCUCGACGAGACUGGCUCCGUGCUCGGCUCGCUCGUCGCCACCGGUCUCGAGGCCGUCACGUCGCUCCUCACCGACGGCCUCGGCCAGGUUGCCGCGGGCGAAGCCGGCGCUGUUGCGACGUCAUCCCGCGUCAGUUUGAGUGACCGGCGCGGCCUCGCCGAGGGGGCCCCGCAUUGGCUGCGCGCCAGGGAGCGCCGGUUGCUACAGAUGCCGGUGGGGCCUGGGGGCCUGCCAGUGGACGCCGUGGUGGCGAAGGACGGGAGCGGGAACUUCAGAACGGUGAGCGCGGCCGUGGAGGCGGCGCCGGCGGAGAGCGCGGCCCGGUAUGUGAUCUACGUGAAGAGGGGCGUGUACAAGGAGACAGUGGACGUGAAGAAGAAGAAGUGGAACCUGAUGCUGGUCGGCGACGGCAUGGGCGCGACGGUCAUCUCUGGCCACCGGAACUACGUCGACGGCUACACGACGUACCGCAGCGCCACCGUCGCUGUGAACGGCAAGGGCUUCAUCGCGCGGGACCUGACGUUCGAGAACACGGCGGGCCCGGCGAAACACCAGGCCGUGGCGCUGCGGUGCGACUCGGACCUCUCCGUCUUCUACCACUGCGCCUUCGAGGGGUACCAGGACACGCUCUACGCGCACUCCCUCCGCCAGUUCUACCGCGACUGCCGCGUCACCGGCACCGUCGACUUCGUCUUCGGCAACGCCGCCGCCGUCUUCCAGAACUGCACCCUCCUGGCGCGGCUCCCGCUCCCGGACCAGAAGAACUCCGUCACCGCGCAGGGACGCCUCGACGCCAACAUGACCACCGGCUUCGCGUUCCAGUUCUGCAACGUCUCCGCCCACGACGACCUCCUGGCCGCCGGCCGCGACGGCAACCGGACCGCGGCGCCGACGCAGACCUACCUCGGCCGGCCCUGGAAGCAGUACUCCCGGGUGGUGUUCAUGCAGUCAUACAUCGGCGCCGUGGUGCGCCCCGAGGGGUGGCUUGCGUGGGACGGGGAGUUCGCGCUCGACACGCUCUACUACGGGGAGUACAUGAACACCGGCCCGGGCGCCGGCGUCGGUGCGCGGGUGAAGUGGCCGGGGUUCCACGUGAUGGCCAGCCCCUCGGAGGCCGGCAACUUCACCGUGGCGCAGUUCAUCGAGGGCAACAUGUGGUUGCCCACCACCGGCGUCAAGUACACGGCCGGACUCACGUCCUGAGUGCUGGUGGUGCCAGGGAUCUAGAGCUACUAUUACCAUCAUACUACAUCGAACAAUACAUUAUACUAUCUGUGGAGGGAAAUGUAAGAAACAAAUGGUGGAUUAAUUAGUUUUUGGUUGGGGAUUUUAAACACAAGUCGGUGGCAAUGGCGGAGAUUCAGUUUUCUUUGCAGGUUUGUGCUCUGUUUUGUUCUGAGGACAGAGGGGCUGCAACCUGCAAUCAGUACUGCAUCUGUUACUUCUGCUUUCAACAGCUCGCCUUUUCUUCAGAGUUCAGAUAACCCUGGAGAUCACCUCCAGUCCAUUGUAUCACGACUGAAUUCCCCUGAAAUUGACCUGAAUUUAAAUUUUACUAGGCGCUCAUAGCCGCAUCCAUGCA